AUCCAACGUUCCAGGAACAAGCAGAUGAAGGAGAUGUUCCCAGAUGGUUUUGGGAUCCACCACGCUGGGAUGCUGCGUGCUGACCGUAGCCUGAUGGAGAGCAUGUUCUCCAGGGGUUACCUCAAGGUUCUGUGCUGUACCGCCACACUGGCCUGGGGAGUCAACCUGCCUGCACACGCUGUCAUCAUCAAGGUUGGUUUGUGCGCGCGUUUCAAGUUUUGUUAGUCGUACAGGAUACACAUGGUAUACACUGUCCAACGAAAGGCUUACUUGCAUUGGGUGCGUGCGUGCGCUUGUGGUAGUUUGUGUGUGAGAGGGAGUUUUUCCGUCUGAUUGAGGUAUGAACUUGUAAGUCUGUAUCAUAUGCCCUUCACUCUUAGAAGACUGUAAAUCUGUGUAGGUGUCUGUAUUAAAACAAGCAGACAUGUUUGCCCAUAUGGACUGUAUUAUCUCUCCAAAGCCACUGAUAUCCGGCCACUCUUGUUCCCGUGGUAACAUCAACAGGGCACCCAAAUCUACGAUGCUAAGCGUGGUACCCUGGUGGACCUGGGCAUCCUGGACGUGAUGCAGAUCUUCGGGCGUGCCGGGCGGCCCCAGUUCGACAAGUACGGCGAGGGCACCAUCAUCACGGCACAUGACAAGCUGAGCCACUAUCUCACCCUGCUCACCCAGCAGAACCCCAUAGAGAGCCAGUUCCUAGAGACCAUGGCUGACAACCUCAACGCUGAGGUAGGGACACACGCCACCGUCAAUAAUAUAGCUGGUAAAGGUCUUAUCCACCAGUCACACAUCUUCAGGACCUCUCCUUUAACAAUCAUACCAGUGUUUCCACUUCAGUCAUUUAGCUGUGGCGCUGCACCACGGCAAAAUCAUUGCCGCUACACAAAGAAAAAAGAAACAUCAACAAAUAUUUCUGCCAAGGUGCACUUUGAAGAUGCUAGAACAGUCCAAAUGUACUUUUCCACUGCAAACAAAGCGAGUAAUGAAUUUUUAAAAAACAGACAAACCCAUAGUGAAAUAGUUUGUCUAUUUACCUAGUCGCCUUGUUGUAGUGUGUUCUAUACAAGGUAAAUAUUCCUCUCAAGGCACGUUCCAGCUGCGAGUGCCAUAGCGAGGGAAACAUGCAUUCUGACAAGCAGUCAAUGCACAACAAUUCUUAAUACAGUCGCGGGAAAAACAGCAGUUGUAAUGGCCUUUGUUAAAAAUAGGCGGAUCCCAGCUUUCCAUUCCUACUUUAUUUCUCAACUCCUAAAUAUGCGCAAACUGCACCAUUUUAAACCCAUAGUUUUUUUAGCAUUGGCAUGGUUAAGCUCAGCAGUAAUUAUACUGUGAGUGCAUAGGGGAGGGUGGGCUAAAUGUAACACAGGGCAAUUAUAGGGUAACUUGGGGUAAAACGCCACCCUCUUAGUUAAGCAAGAGUAGUGUCAACCAGGGAAAGGGGUUUCUGUGAGAAGUACAGGCAGGGGUGUGUUACCCCAAGUUACCCUAACAGGUAGGCCUACAUUAUAUUCACUGUGUUUAUGCAAUUUUCUGUGGACAUAAAAUUAAUCAUUAUAAAUGAUCAGCCCAAUAGGGUAAAUGCAGAUAGGAAACCCCAUGCUUCAGCCUAUUUAUUUAUAGCCACUAUGCUGCAUCAGUUAGGCUACAGGUGAUACUGCUUAUUGCUAAAGGCAUACCUGAUAAUAUGGACCAUGCAUAGGCUAUAUGCAUGGUCCAAUAUGUAAAAAAUAUUUUUAAGGGUGUUACACAUUAUCUGCCGCUAAUAGUGGAAUGAUAGUGUCUCACAGUAUUACUUACCUGCCAGUGUUGUGAUUGGCUGUGAUAUUUGCCUAUUGAUUUCUGCUGCCGAAGCGGCAUCUGUUGUCAAAAUGAGGAAGCUGUUCUGACUUUGUGGAUGUUUUAUCUAGUGCAGAUCGCUCUGUCAUUUCCUGGUUGCUAAAAUUCUACACUGUUCGAUCAAUUUCAGUGUAUGUGAGAAAACAAGCACUGAGUAGUGUAGGGAAUCAUUGUCACUGAAAUCACUGUGAAAUUUAUUUUCAAUAACUUUUGUUUUUACAGCUGUUUGAAGCUGGUGGACCAAAACAAAUGUUUUAUUGAAAAUAUAUUUCACAACAAUCUAGAUGGUACAAUGAUUCCCUACACUAUUCAGUGCUUGUUUUUUCACAUAAACUGAAAUUGAGCAAACAGUGUUGAAUUUUAGCGACCAGGAAAUGACAGAGCGAUCUCCACUAGAUAACACAGCCACAAAGUCAGAACAGCGUUCCCAGUUUGACAUCAGAUGCCACUCUGGCCCCCUUCAAUCACGUUAUUUUCUCAUCUCCAACCAUAUACCCUUUUCACUAAAUAAACACAGUACAGUAAGUCACCACUAGAUGGAACCCACAAUAAUUCAAUGAGGACUCAUCGAGAAGGAAUCAAUGCUGAGUAUGGAAUCUCCACCAGGUGCUGCUAGGGGGCUGAAAUGACUGAAGGUGAAUGUGAUGUUAUUGAUCUCUCUCUUUCUCCCUCUCUCUGCAGGUGUCACUAGGGACUGUGACUAACGUGGAGGAGGCAGUGAGAUGGCUGAGUUACACCUACCUGUACAUCCGCAUGAGAGCCAACCCGCUGGCCUACGGGAUCAACCACAAGGCCUACCAGGUACACGCGCAUGCACGCACACACACACACACACACACACACACGCAUACACACACACACUCUACUGUACACUCUCUCCUCUUACUGUUCUGUCUCUGUGUUAGAUGGACCCAGGUCUGGAGCUGUACCGUAAGGAGCUGGUGGUGAUGGCAGCCAGGAAGCUGGACAAGGCCAGGAUGAUCCGCUUUGAGGAGAGGACAGGAUACUUCGCCUCCACUGACCUGGGCAGAACCGCCAGUCACUUCUACAUCAAAUACAACACCAUGGAGGUACACCAGAGUUCCAUAACAUGAUAUUAUAUUAUAUGUACUAUGUUGUAUUGUACACUGAGUAUACAAAACAUUAAGAACACCUGCUCUUUCCAUGACAUUGACUGACCAGGUGAAUCCAGGUAAAAGCUAUGAUCCCUUAUUGAUGUCAGUUGAUAAAUCAAUUUCAAUCAGUGAAGAUGAAGAGGAGGAGGCAGGUUAAAGAAGGAUUUUUAAGCCUUGAGACAGUUGAGACAUGGAUUGUGUAUGUGUGCCAUUCAGAGGGUGAAUGGGCAAGAAAAAAUAUUGAAGUGCCUUUGAACGGAGUAUGGUAGUAGAUGCCAGGCGUACCGGUUUGUGUCAAGAACUGCAACGCUGCUGGGUUUUUCCACGCUCAACAGUUUCCUGUGUGUAUCAAGAAUGGUCCACCACCCAAAGGACAUCCAGCCUACUUGAUACAACUGUGGGAAGCAAUGAAGUCAAAAUCCCUGUGGAAUGCUUUCCAUGAGUCCAUGCCCUGACGAAUUGAGGCUGUUCUGAAGGCAAAAGGGGGUGAAACUCAAUAUUAGGAAGGUGUUCCUAAUGUUUGGUGUACUCCAAUGUAGUAUUAUAUUAUUGUAACCGGGUAUAAAUACCCUUCUGUGUAGGUGUAAUAUGGCAUGGUAUUAUCUAAAAAAAAGCUCAUGGUGGUACAGUAACAUGCAAUAUACAACUAGAUAACAGCUGUUCCUUAUGUCAAUUUGAUGGUUGUGUUUGUCCACCUCCUCCAUGCAGACGUUCAAUGAGCUGUUCGACUCCCAGAAGACAGAGGCUGACAUCCUCAGCAUCGUCUCCAAGGCUGAGGAGUUUGAACAGGUCAAGGUGAGAGGUCACAGGUCACUCUGAGAGGUCACUCAUCACGCAUUAUAAACUGGGUGGUUCGAGCACUAAAUUCUGAUUGGCUGACAGCUGUGGUAUAUCAGACCGAAUACCACAGGUAUGACAAAACAUUUAUUUUUACUGCUCUAAUUACGUUGGUAACCAGUUUAUAAUAGCAAUAAGGCACCUCGGGGGUUUGUGAUAUAUGGGCAAUUUACCACGGCUAAGGGCUGUAUCCAGGCACUCCGCGUUGCGUCUUGCAUAAGAACAGUCCUUAGCUGUGGUAUAUUGACCAUAUACCACACCUCCUCGUGCCUUAUUGCUUAAUUAUAGAAUGCUGCAGGACACCUGCUCAACAGUAUAGCUAGGUCUUGAUAUAGUUUGAGUACCCAUGUGGAAAGACUCCUGUGUGUGUGUGUGUGUGUGUGUCCGUGUGUGUUUUUCCAGGUGCGUGAUGAGGAGAUGGAGGAGCUAGAGCAGAUGCUGUGUAACUACUGUGAGCUGCCUGCUGCAGGCGGAGUGGAGAACGGAUACGGCAAGAUCAACAUCCUACUGCAGACCUACAUCGGACGGGGAGAGGUGGACAGCUUCUCCCUCAUCUCAGACCUGUCCUACGUAGCACAGGUAGGUUAUAGGCACAGCACCACACACACACACACAUUACACACACACACACACAUUACACACACGCACUCUCUGUCUGUUUCUCACAUACACACACACUCAUACAAACUGAACCAUACCUGAAGAAACCUCAACAUGUGUACAUACUCUGCUUCACCCCCAAACUGAACUGAGAUAGCCUAGCCCCUCUGAGGGGUUCAGCUGUACCCCUGUGUCCCCUGCUAGGUGGUGCCACUGCCAAGACUUCCCCUUCCCUAAGCCAGCAGCACAUGUGCUCCGCGUCCUAGAGCAGAAUGUUUCAAUCAUACUGGUGUACUGAUAGGGGUUUAUAAAUGGUGUCUUAACUAAUCAUAUCAUACACAUCAAUAAACGUGUUUCCUGUUUGUACCAGCAUCUCCAUUGUUUUCAGAGGGAUCAAGAGGCUUUCAUGAACUGUCACAGUUAAUCUGCCAUGCCGGCAUCUCGGCAUUAUGCUCUUUAUGAAAAUCAAAUGGUUUGAUAUAUCUGAUGGAAAGUAAUAUGGCUGGUGCAUAUUUCACAGUGACUGAUAGCCUGGAAUCUUUUUGGCAUUUUGAGUUUUUUCUCUCCCCUCAGUCCCAUCCCCUCUUCCCAUCCUCUGCUGAACCCAUCUAUCCAUGGUUUCUCGUGGUAACUGAUUCCAUGUGGCUGAAUAUUUGGAAUAGUUCACAGCAAAUUCCCUCUUUGCUCCUAUUUCGCCCGAUUUCAGAUGUGCAGCCGGUUUGGAUGGCUGUGUCCGAGAGGCAGGCGGUCAUAGUGGAAUAGAGGGGAUCUGAUGAUUAAUCCAGACUGAGGACUGAUAGGUCCUGUUGCCGUAUGAUACUCCCACUGCCACCACACACCAACAGAGACUCUCACACACACACAUAAGCACAGAGAUAAAGUUGCAUACAUAUAUGUGCACACACUCAUAAACAUUGGCAGACUCACUAUCUCUCGCUCUCCCUCUCUCACACACACACACACACUGACAGAGGCUAACUCCCUGUCUCUCAUGCAUACACACACACUCCUCAAUGGCUUUAGCAACUGGAUGAUAGAUAGAGCAGUUCUGCAGCCCGGUGUACUUGACCGCAGGACACCAGGAGUUCUCCUGAGAGAGUAGGUUAUUGUACGUGAGCGCUGAGAGACCUGAGACCACAGUUCACCUAUGUUUACCGCAUCAAUGCUCUUAAAGACACAUUGACACAGAAUAACUGGAGAAGCAAGACAGCUAAAACAUCAAUCUCAAUAAUCUCCCUGGUUGGAACUAUGUUGGUGCCGUGACUCGGACUGUGAGGACUGAUGUGUUUUGGCUGUUGGUUGUUAUUUGGAGUAUGAGUGUAGGCUUAGUAAGGGUGUUAGUGUAGGGUUUUCUCUCCAAAGGGUUUGAUGUAGGAGCUCGGUGGCCCUAGUGGCCUUUUAACCAGCAGCAGACCAACAUCUGGCCCAGCAGGUGUUUCUGUGUCUCUGCCUGUCUAUAUGCCUGUCUGUCUCUAUGUCUGCCUGCCUGCCUGUCUCUGUCCAUCCUCCCACUGAACCACAUGUCCGGACACAGGCAGACCUGGCCAAUCUAACACAGAUAGCAGCCUCGCCUCGACUUAUCCAUCAAAACAGAACCAGACCCCAACCAAUCAAUCACAGCACGGCCAGACUCUACCAAUCCAUCAGAUGUCAUUAACACCUGCCCAAAUCAAUCAGAGCCCAGCCAGGUCAGAUCUGACCAGUUUAUCAGCAAGCAGCACCAACCACCUGACGCAUCCAUCAGGACAGACAUGAGCAAUCCCUGCACAGCCGGCUGACCCAUGUUCUGGCCUAUCUUUCCUCUCGAUUACAUGAUUACCUGCUGUAAAUUCAUCUCGCAUUCUCACACAUUGUGACAUCUGCUUAGCCAUGUUGUAUUUUACCUGCUAAACACUAUUCCAAUUGUGACUAUCUGUCUGGCCUUAUUUUUCUACUAUAGAAUGCCACUCAAAUUGUAACUGUGUGUCUAUUCGUCCCUGUGUAGAACGCAGCUCGUAUCGUCAGGGCUCUGUUUGAGAUUGCUCUGAGGAAGCGCUGGCCUGCCAUGACCUACCGGCUGCUCAACCUGUGUAAAGUGAUAGACAAGCGUCUGUGGGGCUUCGCUCACCCCCUGAGACAGUUCUCCAUCCUGCCUCACAACGUGCUGGCUCGUCUGGAGGAGAAGAAACUCACUGUGGACAAACUGAAAGACAUGCAGAAGGACGAGAUAGGUGAGACAAUACUGGGCCAGAUGUAGUGUACUACCAAAUUAGACAUGAAUUCUAUUGUGUUCUGUAGAGCUGUGUGUGUGCGCGCGUGUGUGUGUGUGUGUGUGCGCGCGCUCGCUCGUGCAGCGUGCUGUAGUAACACCACUCCCCUCUCUCUGUGUGUCCCAGGUCACAUGCUCCAUCACGUGAACAUCGGGUUGAAGGUGAAGCAGUGUGUCCACCAGAUCCCUUCCAUACUGAUGGAGGCCACCAUCCAACCAAUCACACGCACCGUGCUCAGGGUCCGCCUCCAGAUCACCCCCGACUUCAAGUGGCACGAUCAGGUAACCAUGUAGACCUCACCUAGGAUCACCUCGAUGUCUCUUCUCUCUCUCUCUCUCUCUCUCUCUCUCUCUCUCUCUCUCUCUCUCUCCUCUCUCUCUCUCUCUCUCUCUCUUCUCUCUCACACACACACUACACAACAGUAGACAUUAUCAGAGCACUUUCUAAGUGUGUCUAAAUGCUGCUAACAGUAGAAAUGUGUUAGUUAGUGUGAACUGUCAGUAGUCUAUCAGCAUGGAGCUAUCCUCUCCCCCAGUGGCCCUGCUCCUCUCUUCCUCCAGCCAGUGGUAGUGUUAGAGUACUCAGCCAGUGGUAGUGUUCGAGUACUCAGCCAGUGGUAGGUGAGGACUCAGCCGUCCCAGUGGUAGUGGUAGAGAGUUACUCAGCCGGUGUUAGUGUUAGAGUUACUCAGACGGUGGUAGUGUCGAGUAAUAAGCCAGUGGUAGUGUUAGAGUAAUCAGCCAGUGGUAGUGUUAGAGUACUCAGCCAGUGGUAGUGUUAGAGUACUCAGCCAGUGGUAGUGUUAGAGUACUCAGCCGGUGGUAGUGUUAGAGUACUCAGCCGGUGGUAGUGUUAGAGUACUCAGCCAGUGGUAGUGUUAGAGUAAUCAACCGGUGGUAGUGUUAGAGUAAUCAGCCAGUGGUAGUAGAGUAAUCAGCCAGUGGUAGUGUUAGAGUACUCAGCCAGUGGUAGUGUUAGAGUACUCAGCCAGUGGUAGUGUUAGAGUAAUGAGUGAAAAGUGGGAAUCCCACUGCUGUUCUACCUCUGUAGCUUCUGCAAAUAAACAAGGAGGAGCAGCCAGCUGCUGAAACAACCCUGCAGAGUCCCACCACUGUGUUUCCCUCUCAUCACAGACUUUAUCUCUGGAAGUGUUAGUCUACAAUGGCUCUUUUUAUUUUAAUGGUUGAAAGUUGAAUUUAAGGUUUAUUUAAAGGGAAGAUGGCUGAUUCUAGAUCAGUGUUUAGGUGCAUCACCUUCUUCUAGUAUUAUCCUGCAACUUUUAUACUACAUUUGCUUGAGCCUGCCUGGUGUGCCAGAUGGAUGGGGCUUUCCACUUUUGGGACUAUUCUAUUGGUUCCAUUGCGCCAGGCAAGAUCAUUCAAACACAGCUAAGUAUUUGAAAGAUUUCAUAUUCUAUUAGAACCCAGGUCUGCUGUCCAUAAGUAGAGCCAUGUCCAACUAGCCUAAACCUGUCCAAUGGAGGGAAUAUACAGUACAUCAUUCAAUUGCGAAUUAGGCUAUAUCUCUAUGGAGAUUGGAGUAUAUCAUUGAGGCAGAUGACUCCUGUAGUUUGUAAGGGAGUCAGGGUGGAAUAGGAGGCCCAUUGUAGCCAGGCUGCGUAUGAAGAUGAAUGUUUGUGUGAUUAGCAAUGCAUGCUCUGUUCAUGGGAGAGUUGUAAUGGAACACCCCCAGCUUAGCCAGUGAUCCCUGCUGCAUAUGUACACACGCCUUGCUGUGCAGGCUAGCCAACACAUGUAGAGACACAUGAGAUCUCCUUCUCCGUAACUCUAACCCAAGCCAUGGACUCCAGGAUAUUGACUCAUUCUAAUAGGGAAACAGACAAGUUGGAUGUCGUUUUUUCAAAUAUUAAUGCAUGUUUCCCCUCCCCCUUCAGGAGUAUUUUUAGUUUUGGGUCAUCCAAAUGUUGUGCAUUUAACAUGAGUAGGACCCAGAAUUGUUCCUGCUUCAGGUCACAUGUUUGGGAAUAACUCUUGGCCCUAAUCAAGAGUAGCCUCCCUGAUAUCUUUAUCAGGGCUCCCGAGUGGCGCAGCGGUCUAAGGCACUGCAUCUCAGUGCUAGAGGCGUCACUACAGACCCUGGUUUGAUUCCAGGCUGUAUCACAAUCUGGUGUGAUUUGGGGGUCCCAUAGGGCGGCGCACAAUUGGCCAUGUGUCGUCCGGGUUUGGCCGGGGUAGGCCGUUAUUGUAAAUAAGAUUUUGUCCUAAACUGACUUGCCUAGUUAAAUAAAGGUUUAAAAAAUAAAAAAACAUCAAUCUUUAGACAUUUACACGAGGGCUAGGGACCAGUCCAGAAGAUGAAAUUAUAGCUGUUGUUUUAGUGUGUUUUGUCUGUGGAAACUGGACUGUCUCCUCUCUCCAUGUGUCAUAAACCAGUCUCCUGGACCUGUGGUCAGUUAGCCAGCCAGCAGUUGUUUCCACAGCAGAGGAAAGUAAUUAGCGUACAGGUCAGUGUUCUACAGGGGGUCAGCUCAGAGCAGAGAGAUACACAGUACAGUGCACCUCCUUCUCCUACUGAGGAGAGGGGGGAGGAGAGGGCUGUGGCUUCUGUUUGGAGUAACCCCAAAACCCAUUCCUGAAGGUUUUACACACAUGCACCACAACACACGGACCUACUAACAAAUCCACAAUUACAUUGCAUCGCUUUGAAAUGCUACUAUCUGGUUAAAAAACCUGGGAGUGCUCUGAUCUUCUAAUGCCACCGAUUCUUCAUGCUUCUGUCUCCCUCCUCCCUUCCUCUGCCUCUGCCUCUGCCUCUUCCUCUCCUCUCCUCUCCUCUCCUCUCCUCUCCUCUCCUCUCCUCUCCUCUCCUCUCCUCUCCUCUCCUCUCCUCUCCUCUCCUCUCCUCUCCUCUCCUCUCCUCUCCUCUCCUCUCCUCUCCUCUCCUCUCCUCUCCUCUCUCAGUGUCAUGGUUCAGUGGGAGAGCCCUGGUGGCUGUGGGUGGAGGACCCCAUCAACGAUCACAUCUACCACUCGGAGUACUUCCUCCUACAGAAGAAACAGGUGGGUUUCUGGGUAGCAUUAGCUUCUAGAAUGUGUCUGAGAGCCACUUGUUCUCCUGUGUUCCCUUGAGGUAGAAGUUGCCCCUAACUACAGAUCUAGGAUCAGAUUACCUGACCCCUAAUCCUAACCUUAACCAUUAUGGGUAUGGAAUAAAUCUGACCCUGUAUCAGUGGAUAUGGUUGAGCCUAGUCCUAGUCAUACUUACCUUGUUGUGUGUGUGUUUUCCAGGUGGUGAGUGGGGAGCCCCAACAGGUGGUGUUCACCAUCCCCAUCUUUGAACCCAUGCCCUCCCAGUACUACAUCAGAGCUGUGUCAGACCGGUGGCUGGGUUCAGAGGCUGUCUGCAUCAUUAACUUCCAACACCUCAUCCUGCCUGAGAGACACCCCCCACACACUGGUACUGUACAACAUGCACACACACAUUCAGACUUAUGCACACACACGCAAACACACACACACAUUGACUUCUUCACACACACACACACACACACACACACAUUUACUUCUUCACACGCAAACACACACACACACAUUGACUUCUUCACACACACACACAGACAGACAGGUGAACCCUCAGAAGUGUACAGAUGAAACAACUCUUCAUACUUCACACGUACACCUUUCUUUGUCUUUUUUCUUUGACAAAUUAACCCAAACGUUGUCUCAAUGUUGCCCUGUGGAUUCUCAGAGCUGCUGGACCUGCAGCCGUUGCCCAUCACCGCCCUGGGGAACCCGGAAUACGAGAAUCUGUACAAGUUCACCCACUUCAACCCCAUCCAGACACAGAUCUUCCACACGCUCUACCACACCGACACCAACGUCCUGCUGGGGGCGCCAACGGGCUCCGGUAAAACCAUCGCUGCCGAGUUGGCCAUGUUCCGAGUCUUCAACCAGUACCCUACCUCCAAGGUCUGUCUGCCUGCCACCCCCCCCCCCCCCCCCCCCUUCACUCUCUCCAUCUCUCUCUUUUUCUCUCUCUAUACAUUUAUCUCUGUUUAUAUCCUUCCUGUGUGUGUGUUCUCAGGUGGUGUACAUUGCCCCUCUGAAAGCUCUGGUCAGGGAGAGGAUCGAGGACUGGAAGGUCAGGAUAGAGGAAAAACUGGGGAAGAAGUGAGUGAGACUCAGGGUUAUAAGCAUGGAUUUCUGUAUUCACAUCUAUCUAGCUAUCUAUCUAUCGUCUCUUUCUCUCUCUCUCCUCCCUCACUCCCUUCCCUCUCUUCUCGUCCCCAGGGUUGUGGAGCUGACAGGUGAUGUGACUCCAGACAUGCGGGCCAUCGCCGCGGCCGACCUGAUCGUGACCACGCCAGAGAAGUGGGACGGCGUGAGUCGCUCCUGGCAGAACCGCAGCUACGUCCAGAAAGUAGCCAUCCUCAUCAUCGACGAGAUCCAUCUGCUAGGUACCACAGCAUAGUUCCACUUAGAAGCAUAUAGAGCGAUCUUUCAUAUCUAUCCAUCUGGUUCUUGCCUCACAAACCCCAUGCAAUCAAAACUUUGUAUAGAGCCUAAACUUUUACCCUCAUAAACCCUCAUACAAACAGAACCUUCUAUAGAGCCUACAACUUUUACCCUCAUAAACCCUCAUACAAACAGAACCUUCUAUAGAGUCUAAACUUUUACCCUCAUAAACCCUCAUACAAACAGAACCUUCUAUAGAGCCUACACUUUUACCCUCAUACAAACAGAACCUUCUAUAGAGCCUUAACUUUUACCCUCAUACAUACAGAACCUUCUAUAGAGCCUUAACUUUUACCCUCAUACAAACCUUCUAUAGAGCCUAAACUUUUACCCUCAUAAACCCUCAUACAAACAGAACCUUCUAUAGAGCCUUAACUUCUACCCUCAUAGACCCUCAUACAAACAGAACCUUCUAUAGAGCCUACACUUUUACCCUCAUACAAACAGAACCUUCUAUAGAGCCUUAACUUUUACCCUCAUACAAACAGAACCUUCUAUAGAGCCUUAACUUUUACCCUCAUACAAACAGAACCUUCUAUAGAGCCUUAACUUUUACCCUCAUACAAACAGAAUUCUUAUAGAAUUCAAGAGUUAUAAUACUACUCUCCAUAGUGAAGUGCUUUGUCAACUCUCUCACACUGGAUCGUACCACUGUGUCUGUAUCCCAGGGGAGGACAGAGGUCCUGUGCUGGAGGUCAUAGUUUCCAGGACCAACUUCAUCUCCUCCCACACCAAAAAGACUGUCCGCGUGGUGGGCCUGUCCACGGCCCUGGCCAACGCACGAGACCUCGCCGACUGGCUAGGGAUUGGACAGGUGAGCUCUACAUAGCAACCACAUACUAGACACUACUAGCAUCGUGAAACGCCGCUCCUGGUAGGAGUUGCACUAGGAUCUAGGAUCAGUUGUUUUAUCUGAAUCAGGCAUUACAACAGUGUUAUACCCUGAUCAUACCAUCACGUUAGCCUCAGUUUCACAUAGACAAGACAUCUCCUGUAGUUUAAACAAGCUCACCCUUUCACCUUUUUGACCUCCUGUCCUGUGUUCAGAUACAGUUCAUGUUUGUGAGCUUUCCUGUUUCUAUCAUCAUCAGUUGGAGGUUUUGGAAUUGGCAUUGGUGUUCUCAAGCCAACCUUUAACCACAUGUUUUGUGUUAGUCAGUGUUUUUUAGGGUUCACUUAUCCGCCUCCCCUUUCAUAUUUGAUAAAUGUAUACAAUAAGAGUUAUUAGAAUAAUACCAACAUUUUUGGCAGGGAAUCCAUGUUAUAGUUUUGACCACAGCACAGUAAUGGUUUGCAGUCCUGUUUCUCUGGAGCCAUGCUGGAGUUGCUCUGGUAAUCAACAUAAAUCACUGUACCAAUACAGACAGAUGACUUGGCCAGUCCCAAUAAUAAUGAUAGCAGUAAUAAUAUCAGAAUCAUAUCAGAAGGGUAUUUAAUAACCUCCCUGUCCACCGCAGAGAGAGAUAGGAACUCCUGUAUGUCUGCAUGACCUACAUGACCCCAGUCACCCAUGAAAACCACACGUUGCCUGUGUUUUCUGGGCUAUUGCCAUGUCUUUACGUUCACUUAGUAUGUUGUUUUUUAGAUUAAUUGUAUAUCUGCUGAAAAACAUUAUACAGUGGGGAAAAAAUUUAUUUAGUCAGCCACCAAUUGUGCAAGUUCUCCCACUUAAAAAGAUGAGAGAGGCCUGUAAUUUUCAUCAUAGGUACACGUCAACUAUGACAGACAAAAUGAGAAAGAAAAAUCCAGAAAAUCACAUUGUAGGAUUUGUAAUGAAUUUAUUUGCAAAUUAUGGUGGAAAAUAAGUAUUUGGUCAAUAACAAAAGUUUCUCAAUACUUUGUUAUAUACCCUUUGUUGGCAAUGACACAGGUCAAACGUUUUCUGUAAGUCUUCACAAGGUUUUCACACACUGUUGCUGGUAUUUUGGCCCAUUCCUCCAUGCAGAUGUCCUCUAGAGCAGUGAUGUUUUGGGGCUGUCGCUGGGCAACACAGACUUUCAACUCCCUCCAAAGAUUUUCUAUGGGGUUGAGAUCUGGAGACUGGCUAGGCCACUCCAGGACCUUGAAAUGCUUCUUACGAAGCCACUCCUUCGUUGCCCGGGCGGUGUGUUUGGGAUCAUUAUCAUGCUGAAAGACCCAGCCACGUUUCAUCUUCAAUGCCCUUGCUGAUGGAAGGAGGUUUUCACUCAAAAUCUCACGAUACAUGGCCCCAUUCAUUCUUUCCUUUACACGGAUCAGUCGUCCUGGUCCCUUUGCAGAAAAACAGCCCCAAAGCAUGAUGUUUCCACCCCCAUGCUUCACAGUAGGUAUGGUGUUCUUUGGUUGCAACUCAGCAUUCUUUGUCCUCCAAACACGACGAGUUGAGUUUUUACCAAAAAGUUAUAUUUUGGUUUCAUCUGACCAUAUGACAUUCUCCCAAUCCUCUUCUGGAUCAUCCAAAUGCACUCUAGCAAACUUCAGACGGGCCUGGACAUGUACUGGCUUAAGCAGGGGGACACGUCUGGCACUGCAGGAUUUGAGUCCCUGGCGGCGUAGUGUGUUACUGAUGGUAGGCUUUGUUACUUUGGUCCCAGCUCUCUGCAGGUCAUUCACUAGGUCCCCCCGUGUGGUUCUGGGAUUUUUGCUCACCGUUCUUGUGAUCAUUUUGACCCCACGGGGUGAGAUCUUGCGUGGAGCCCCAGAUCGAGGGAGAUUAUCAGUGGUCUUGUAUGUCUUCCAUUUCCUAAUAAUUGCUCCCACAGUUGAUUUCUUCAAACCAAGCUGCUUACCUAUUGCAGAUUCAGUCUUCCCAGCCUGGUGCAGGUCUACAAUUUUGUUUCUGGUGUCCUUUGACAGCUCUUUGGUCUUGGCCAUAGUGGAGUUUGGAGUGUGACUGUUUGAGGUUGUGGACAGGUGUAUUUUAUACUAAUAACAAGUUCAAACAGGUGCCAUUAAUACAGGUAAUGAGUGGAGGACAGAGGAGCCUCUUAAAGAAGAAGUUACAGGUCUGUGAGAGCCAGAAAUCUUGCUUGUUUGUAGGUGACCAAAUACUUAUUUUCCACCAUAAUUUGCAAAUAAAUUCAUAAAAAAUCCUACAAUGUGAUUUUCUGGAUUUUUUUUCCUCCAUUUGUCUGUCAUAGUUGACGUGUACCUAUGAUGAAAAUUACAGGCCUCUCUCAUCUUUUUAAGUGGGAGAACUUGCACAAUUGGUGGCUGACUAAAUACUUUUUUCCCCCACUGUAUAUAACAUUUAUAAAAGCAUUUACAACUACAUAUUUCUGAAAGUUAUUAUAAAGUGUUACCAUAAUGUCAUUUGUAAUGCUUUUCAAACAUUGAGCUCUAAUUCCAACUGUAUCAUGCCAUUCCAGUCUUCUCUGUGACAGUAUUGGUUGUCUAAACGUUGUGUUACUGUUGCAGAGUGUCCCUGGCAGACAGAUUGGCUGGUUAUAAAUCUGGCUGUUUAGACUGGGGACGAGAGGGACUGGGGCUGUUGGCUGGGUUUAGAUGCCCAAUCCAUUUUCCAGGCUUUUAGAUAUGUGUACACACGCGCCUGCCCUGCCUGGCCACUCCACACGCCACAAUGCACUGCUGCCCUACCCAGCGAGCCUUAUAGAGCACAACAGACAAAAAGCGUGCAGUUCCCUGUCCCUCUCCCCCAGACAGGGACAAUGACAAACCUUUAGACACCCAGAUGGGCCUCGCUGCCAGCUGGACUCACUUUAUCUAUCUAUCGCUCUCUCUCGCUCUGGUUCUCUUUCAUCCACUCUGUCUCUCUCUCUCUCUCACUGACUGAGAGAAGACAUUUAUUCUCUUUCUGUAGUUAUAUGUCCAUAUGGUUCUCUUUCAUCCACUCUGUCUAACUCUCUCUCUCUCACUUCUCCUCUCCCCCCCCUCUCUUACAGGUGGGUUUGUUUAACUUCCGGCCAUCUGUGCGUCCCGUCCCAUUGGAGGUUCACAUCCACGGCUUCCCAGGACAGCACUACUGCCCCCGCAUGGCCAGCAUGAACAAGCCUGUGUUCCAAGGUACAUUAUAAACUGGAUUGUUCGAGCCCUGAAUGCUGAUUGGCUGACAGCCGUGGUAUAUCAGACCGUAUACCACGGGUAUGACAAAACAUUUAUUUUUACUGCUCUAAUUAUGUUGGUAACCAGUUUAUAAUAGCAAUAAGGCACCCCUGGGGUGCCUUAUUGCGACGUGUUGCGUCGUGCAUAAGAACAGCCCUUAGCCGUGGUAUAUUUUUUGCAUAUACCACAACCCCCUCGAACCUUAUUGCUUUAGUAUACCACACACAGAAACACACACUAAGUAUGCAACUACACUGUGCACCCCCCCCCCCCCCCCCCCCCUCUCUCUCUCCAGCAAUUCGCAGUCACUCUCCAGCCAAGCCUGUUCUGAUCUUUGUGUCGUCGCGGCGACAGACUCGUCUGACAGCUCUUGACCUGAUAGCCUUCCUGGCCACCGAGGACGACCCCAAACAGUGGCUGCACCAGGACGAGACUCAGGUGACCAGGCUUAUACUUUUUACAUCCUAGUGGAACUAACCCUGUAGUCAGAGCUGUGUACAACAUCUACAGUAUUUCUCUUUCUCUUUCUCUCUCGCUCGCUCUCUCUUAGUCUCUCUCUCUUUCUCUCUCUCUCGCUCGCUCUCUCUUUCUCUAUCUCCUCUUUCUUUCUCUCUGUUCUUCUAUUCCUCCAAUCUUCCUAUUCCUCAUCCUCUCUGCUUUCUCGUCCUCUCCUUCCUCCUCCUGAUAUUCUCUCUCUCUAAGCACUGGUUUUAGUGUAAUUACAGAGGGAACUCAAACCAUCUUCUACAGGAAAAGCCUGUGUCAUCUCCCAUUAUUUUCUCUGCAUACUUUAGGAUUAUUUCAAGAUGUGAGAAAAUGUGCUCUGAUAGAAGAUGGGCUGUAAUUACCUUAACAUGUGUGUCUGACAAUAGGGUCCCAUAAACAAGGAGGAUUUCUUACAAUACAUACAUACAGUGAAGGAAAAAAGUAUUUGAUCCCCUGCUGAUUUUGUACGUUUGCCCACUGACAAAGACAUGAUCAGUCUAUAAUUUUAAUGGUAGGUUUAUUUUAACAGUGAGAGACAGAAUAACAACAAAGAAAUCCUGAAAAACGCAUGUCAAAAAUGUUAUAAAUUGAUUUGCAUUUUAAUGAGGGAAAUAAGUACUUGACCCCUCUGCAAAACAUGACUUGGUGGCAAAACCCUUGUUGGCAAUCACAGAGGUCAGACGUUUCUUGUAGUUGGCCACCAGGUUUGCACACCUCAGGAGGGAUUUUGUCCCACUCCUCUUUGCAGAUCUUCUCCAAGUCAUUAAGGUUUCGAGGCUGACGUUUGGCAACUCGAACCUUCAGCUCCCUCCACAGAUUUUCUAUGGGAUUAAGGUCUGGAGACUGGCUAGGCCACUCCAGGACCUUAAUGUGCUUCUUCUUGAGCCACUCCUUUGUUGCCUUGGCCGUGUGUUUUGGGUCAUUGUCGUGCUGGAAUACCCAUCCACGACCCAUUUUCAAUGUCCUGGCUGAGGGAAGGAGGUUCUCACCCAAGAUUUGACGGUACAUGGCCCCGUCCAUCAUCCCUUUGAUGCGGUGAAGUUGUCCUGUCCCCUUAGCAGAAAAACACCCCCAAAGCAUAAUGUUUCCACCUCCAUGUUUGACGGUGGGGAUGGUGUUCUUGGGAUCAUAGGCAGCAUUCCUCCUCCUCCUAACACGGCGAGUUGAGUUGAUGCCAAAGAGCUCGAUUUUGGUCUCAUCUGACCACAACACUUUCACCCAGUUCUCCUCUGAAUCAUUCAGAUGUUCAUUGGCAAACUUCAGACGGGCCUGUAUAUGUGCUUUCUUGAGCAGGGGGACCUUGCGGGCGGUGCAGGAUUUCAGUCCUUAACGGCGUAGUGUGUUACCAAUUGUUUUCUUGGUGACUAUGGUCCCAGCUGCCUUGAGAUCAUUUACAAGAUCUUCCUGUGUAGUUCUGGGCUGAUUCCUCACCGUUCUCAUGAUCAUUGCAACUCCACGAGGUGAGAUCUUGCAUGGAGCCCCAGGCCGAGGGAGAUUGACAGUUAUUUUGUGUUUCUUCCAUUUGCGAAUAAUCGCACCAACUGUUGUCACCUUCUCACCAAGCUGCUUGGCGAUGGUCUUGUAGCCCAUUCCAGCCUUGUGUAGGUCUACAAUCUUGUCCCUGACAUCCUUGGAGAGCUCUUUGGUCUUGGACAUGGUGGAGAGUUUGGAAUCUGAAUGAUUGAUUGCUUCUGUGGACAGGUGUAUUUUAAAACAGGUAACAAACUGAGAUUAGGAGCACUCCCUUUAAGAGUGUGCUCCUAAUCUCAGCUCAUUACCUGUAUAAAAGACACCUGGGAGCCAGAAAUCUUUCUGAUUGAGAGGGGGUAAAAUACUUACUUCCCUCAUUAAAAUGCAAAUCAAUUUUUUAACAUUUUUGACAUGCGUUUUUCUGGAUUUUUGUUGUUGUUAUUCUGUCUCUCACUGUUCAAAUAAACCUUCCAUUACAAUUAUAGACUGAUCAUUUCUUUGUCAGUGGGCAAACUUACAAAAUGAGCAGGGGAUCAAAUACUUUUUUCCCUCACUGUAUAGGGUCCCAUAAACAAGGAGAAUUUCUUACAAUACACACACACACACACACACACACACACACACACACACACACACACACAAGCUAUCUCUCUCUCCCUCCAUCUAUCUCUCUCAUACAAACACACACUAAAAAACGCUAAAACAAUGUGUUUGCUCAGGCCUGCCAGAACCCCAGGAUACAGAGAGCUGAGCAGAGCCGUGUUGGAUGUGUGUCUGGUGUAUAAUCCCUCAUAUUGGGCCUUAUAGAGUCACAGUCGGCUUGGCAUUGUAAAAUAUGGAUAUUAACAUGUUUUAUGGGCUGCUCGCCUUUCACACCAAGCCUGUGGUCUGAGGGAAAUAUAGAGCUCUGACUGACAUCAAACCCCAACUCCUAAAAUAUACACACACAAUGCAAACUAGUCCUUAAUACUGUAUAUACAGCAGAAAUACAUUUCGUCCUUUUUUCAGCUCCACAUUUCGUGUGUGUGUGCGCGAAAGAACCUUACCUGGCAUUUACUGUAUGUGUAUUUUUAGAGUGUGUGUGUUACACUGGCCUUAACCCUGUGUGAGUUGACCUGGCCCUGCAGUGUGUGUGUUCCAGUGAUAUAUGCCGCUCCCUGCUGUGUUUCUGUACUGGCCGUGUAGCUGCUGGAGUCCCUGUGGUUUGAGUGACAGGCGGCUGGCGCAAGCUGCCUAAGUCUCAGUGGGGGUCCCUCCCUCCAUCCCGCCCUCCCUCUCCUCUCUGCCCGAGUUAGCUUUACGAUCUCUCUAUUACGUCCUAUGCUGCAGUUAGCCCCGCUCCCUCCUUCAUUCCUCUGAACAUGUACAGUGGCUUGCGAAAAUAUUCACCCCCCUUGGCAUUUUUCCUAUUUUGUUGCCUUACAACCUGGAAUGAAAAUGGAUCUUUUGGGAGUUUGUAUCAUUUGAUUUACACAAUAUGCCUACCACUUUGAAGAUGCAAAAUAUUUUUUAUUGUGAAACAAACAAGAAAUAAGACAAAAAAACGGAAAACUUGAUCGUGCAUAACUAUUCACCCCCCCCAAAGUCAAUACUUUGUAGAGCCACCUUUUGCAGCUAUUACAACUGCAAGUCUCUUGGGGUAUGUCUCUAUAAGCUUGGCACAUCUAGCCACUGGGAUUUUUGCCUAUUCUUCAAGGCAAAACUGCUCCAGCUCCUUCGUUGGAUGGGUUCCACUGGUGUAGAGCAAUCUUUAAGUCUUACCACAGAUUCUCAAUUGGAUUGAGGUCUGGGCUUUGACUAGGCCAUUCCAAGACAUUUAAAUGUUUCCCCUUAAACCACUCGAGUGUUGCUUUAGCAGUAUGCUUAGGGUCAUUGUCCUGCUGGAAGGUGAACCUCCGUCCCAGUCUCAAAUCUCUGGAAGACUGAAACAGGUUUCCCUCAAGAAUGUCCCUGUAUUUAGCGCCAUCCAUCAUUCCUUCAAUUCUGACCAGUUUCCCAGUCCCUGCCGAUGAAAAACAUCCCCACAGCAUGAUGCUGCCACCACCAUGCUUCACUGUUUGGAUGGUGUUCUCGGGGUGAUGAGAGGUGUUGGGUUUGCGCCAGACAUAGUGUUUUCGUUGAUGGCCAAAAAGCUCAAAUUUAGUCUCUUCUGACCAGAGUACCUUCUUCCAUAUGUUUGGGGAGUCUCCCACAAGCCUUUUGGCGAACACCAAACGUGUUUGCUUAUUUUUUUCUUCAAGCAAUGUCUUUGUGCUGGCCACUCCAUAAAGCCCAGCUCUGUGGAGUGUACGGCUUAAAGUGGUCCUAUGGACAGAUACUCAAAUCUCCGCUGUGGAGCUUUGCAGCUCCUUCAGGGUUAUCUUUGGUCUCUUUGUUGCCUCUCUGAUUAAUGCCCUCCUUGCCUGGUCCAUGAGUUUUGGUGGGCGGCCCUCUCUUGGCAGGUUUGUUGUGGUGCCAUAUUCUUUCCAUUUUUUAGUAAUGGAUUUAAUGGUGCUCUGUGGGAUGUUCAAAGUUUCGGAUAUUUUUUUAUAACCCAACCCUGAUCUGUACUUCUCCACAACUUUGUCCCUGACUUGUUUGGAUAGCUCCUUGGUCUUCAUGGUGCCGCUUGCUUGGUGGUGGCCCUUGCUUAGUGGUGUUGCAGACUCUGGGGCCUUUCAGAACAGGUGUAUAUAUAUUGAGAUCAUGUGACACUUAGAUUGCACACAGGUGGACUUUAUUUAACUAAUUAUGUGACUUCUGAAGGUAAUUGGUUGCACCAGAUCUUAUUUAGGGGCUUCAUAGCAAAGGGGGUGAAUACAUAUGCAUGCACCACUUUUCCGUUAUUAAUUAACUUCACCAAUUUUGACUAUUUUGUGUAUGUCCAUUACAUGAAAUCCAAAUAAAAAUCCAUUUAAAUUACAGGUUGUAAUGCAACAAAAUAGGAAAAACGCCAAGGGUGUUUUUCCUAUUCUGCUCAUGUACAACGAUGUCUUCUUCAUCAUGGAUGUGUCUUCUGGUCCUACACUGUGUACUGGUUUACUGUGUCUCUUAUUGGUCGACGGGAUAAGGUCUCAUGCUGUCAUAGGUUGAUGAGAUAAGGUCUCAUGCUGUGAUUGGUUAAUGUUCCCCAGAUGACAGACAUCAUCGCCACGGUGAGGGAGUCCAACCUGAAGCUGACGUUGGCGUUCGGUAUCGGCAUGCACCACGCUGGACUACACGAGAGAGACAGGAAGACUGUGGAGGAACUGUUUGUCAACUGCAAGAUCCAGGUAGGACCCUGAUAGGUCCAGGUAGGACCAGGUAGGACCCUGAUAGGUCCAGGUAGAACCAGGUAGGACAGUGGCAUGCAGACAGAAAACUCACACAGGUAUGACACAGACAGGUGACACAGGUAGAAAACAAAUAGUAGAUUCUCAUACAUUAAUGAUACACAAAGAGGAUCAUCCUAUAGGUAUAUACAUAUUGAAUAGUUACAGAUAUAUAAAUCAAUGUUGCAGGUAUGACACUGAAGGUGUUAAUGCUUUACUUUGUUAAAUCCAUGACAGGUAUGACACUCUAAUCUCUCUGUCUCCAGAUACUAAUAGCCACCAGCACUCUGGCCUGGGGAGUCAACUUCCCUGCCCAUCUGGUCAUUGUCAAAGGUACUGAGUACUACGAUGGGAAGACCAGACGCUACGUGGACUACCCCAUCACAGGUACAGGCUCAUGUUCAGUUUUUUCCAUCACUGUUUCUUUAUUAAAUUAAAUCUACUUAUUUUUUCCUGUCAGGUCAAAUACUCUCCAUUUGGAAGUGAGUUCGAAAAUCCAGUACAUCCAUGUGUUGUUUUCAUCUAAAUGUGUAGAUGUGGUUUGUCUCUCCUGUAGUUACAGUAGGUAUUAGUUGUUCUGAAGAAAGUGGUUCAGCUCUCUACGCCUGUAGUAGUUCCAUUUGGACUGUGUUUACAGUAGUUGUGUUGUGGUCUCUCCAGACGUGCUGCAGAUGAUGGGCCGUGCAGGCCGCCCUCAGUAUGAUGACCAGGGCAAAGCUGUGAUCCUGGUCCACGACAUCAAGAAAGACUUCUACAAGAAGUUCCUCUAUGAACCCUUCCCUGUUGAGUCCAGGUGAGAGGCUUUCCUUUGGCUUUGUGGUGAUUUUACAUAGUGAAGGCCAUUGCUACAGUGCUUGUAACUUGGUCUCAGUGCAUUUAACAUUGUGGGGGGGGGGAACUCGACUCUCUUUCACUACCACCUCUUCCUCAGUCUCAUGGGUGUGCUGUCAGACCAUCUGAAUGCUGAGAUUGCUGCAGGGACCAUCACCUCUAAACAGGACGCUAUGGACUACAUCACCUGGACGUACUUCUUCCGCAGGCUGGUCAUGAACCCC